ACAAAAAAUUCGCGAACAUGUCGCGUCAUUUGAUCGGUUUGUGCUUCUUGCAAUUGGCUUUACUUAUUAAUGCUACUGGCCUCUAUACAGUGAUAGCUCCGGGUACCAUUCGAUCGACUUUUAAGUACAAUGUAGCCGUGUCUAUUCAUAAAGCCGAUGGUCCCAGCAAAAUAAAAGUUGGCAUUACCGGACCCUCUUAUAAUGAGACAAAAGAUUUGGAAUUAUUGCCCAUGACCACAAAAAAUGUUGAAUUUGAUGUACCAAAAUUGUCGAGCGGUGAUUAUAAUCUCACUGCCGAGGGCGUUGAGGGUGUUAUCUUCAAGAAUACCACCAAAUUGAAUUAUGAAAAUAAUAAGCCAUCGGUCUACAUACAGACUGAUAAGGCUACAUAUAAGCCGGCGGAUUUAGUGCAAUUCCGAGUAUUGUUUUUAGAUGAACAGACGCGACCUGCUGCGAUUGAUAAGCCAAUUCAGAUUGUGAUCAAUGAUGGAGCCCAGAAUCGUAUCAAACAGUGGUCAAAUGUCAAGCUAAUCAAGGGCGUGUAUACCGGUGAGUUGCAGUUGUCCGAUCAGCCAGUAUUGGGCAAAUGGCAAAUCGAGGUCAGUGUUGAGGAUCAAGACUUGAAGCAAAGUAAAUCAUUUGAUGUGGAUAAGUAUGUGCUGCCCAAGUUUGAGGUUAGUGUGGAAUCACCUAAAGAUAUAGCCGUGGCUGAUGGUUCUGUCAAGGCCACAGUUAGAGCCAAAUAUACCUAUGGUAAGCCGGUGAAAGGCAAAGCUCUGGUUACAUUUGAACCCUCUGGCUUCUAUGGAUCAAGUGGUGACAUACGGCAAGAGAAAACCAUUGAUGUGGAUGGCAAGGGUCAUGUCGAAUUCAAUAUCGGAGGCACUCAAUUCAGAAGCCAUUAUAUUCCUCCAAUGAAAAUUUUUGCCAUCGUAACGGAAGAGCUGACGGGCAAUAAACAAAAUGCCUCAACCACUGUCAACCUUCAUAGUCAACGUUACAAUCUAGAAGCAGUCGAUAAGCCACCAAAUUAUCAUCCAGGCAAAAAACUCACUUACAAAGUGGUAGUAAAGAAUCUCGAUGGUUCUCCUUUGCAAAAUGCUCAAAAGAAGGUAAAACUUACACUGGGAUCUUCACGCUAUUAUUUUCCUUGGAGAGGUGCCCCAGAACAGAUUACCAACAAUGACGAUAUAAGUCUAGAAGCUCCAGUAAAUGAACAUGGCAUAGCCACAUUUGAAUUCAAUAUCCCCGAAAACGAAACUCGCUACUUACAAGUGGAGGCUAAAUAUGAUGACUCUUUCUCUAAUUUGGGUAGUCUGCACAAAUUCCAGCCUGCUGUCGAAAGUAACGACCCCUUAAAGAUUGUUUUGAAGACGCAACCCCUAAAAUUGGGCAAAAGUGUAUCAUUUGAAGUCAAGUCGAAUGCUGAGAUACCCUAUUUUGCCUACACUAUUGUAGCGCGUGGUAAUAUUGUGGAAAGUGAUUAUGUUGAUGUUCCAGAAGGUCGUAAAACUCAUACAGUUAAAUUUACACCAACAUUCGCCAUGGUGCCAAAAGCUACAAUUUUCGUCUAUUACAUUUUCGAUAAUGAGUUGCGUUUUGAGGAGGAAACCCUCAAUUUUGACAAGGAUUUCGAAAACUCGAUUGAAAUCUCUGCACCUAUCGAUGCGAAACCCAGUGAGGAAGUUAAAUUGAAGGUAAAAACCGAUGCAGACUCAUUUGUUGGACUUUUGGGUGUAGACCAGAGUGUUCUCUUGCUUAAAUCUGGCAACGAUCUCGAUCGUGAGACUAUAUUCUCUGACCUUAAUAAAUAUCAAACUUCAACACCCUCACAAAGGGGAUACGGACGUUAUCCAGGCCAAACCUCUGGCUUAGUUACCUUAACCAAUGCAAAUUAUCCCUAUAAUACAGGUUUCCUGGUUGAUUAUGAUAUGGAAUUUUCGGACGAAAUUUUAUACAUGAUAUCUGCUAACUAUGAUGAUUCAAUCUCUGGACGAUUAUUGGAACCCAAAACUUUUGAAGAAAAUUUAGUGAGACGAUUAGAUAUGAUAGUACCAAGUAGUACAACACGGACACAAAUACGUAAAGAAUUUCCCGAAACUUGGAUACAUUUUAAUAUUGAAAACGUGGAUGAAACUGGAUUUGCCAACUUGACCAAAAAGAUACCAGAUACCAUUACCUCUUGGGUGAUUACUGGCUUCUCUCUGAAUCCAACAACGGGCUUAGCCUUGACUGAGAGUCCUACUAAAAUUCGGGUAUUCCAGCCUUUCUUUGUGUCAACCAAUUUGCCAUAUUCUGUUAAACGAGGUGAAGUUAUUGCCAUUCCUGUGAUCAUUUUCAAUUACUUGGACAAGAAACUAGAGGCUGAGGUUGUCAUGGACAACUCGGACCGGGAAUUCGACUUUACCGAGGCCACCAAUGAAGUAGAGGAGAAAUCAAUUGACGAAGUUCGUCGUGUAAAACGUGUGACCAUACCGGCAAAUAGUGGUCAAAGUGUUUCAUUUAUGAUACGGCCAAAGAAUGUGGGAACAACUACUCUAAAGAUUACAGCAACGUCUCCAUUGGCUGGCGAUACAAUACAUCAGAAACUAAAAGUGGAACCCGAAGGUGUGACCCAGUAUGAGAAUCGUGCUGUUUUUAUAAAUCUUCCUGAGCAGUCUGAAAUGAGCGAAGAACUAGAUGUCGAUGUACCCAAGGAAGCUGUUCGCGAUUCCGAGUUCAUUGAAUUCUCAGUGGUCGGAGAUCUAUUGGGUCCAACCCUUCAGAAUUUGGAUAAUUUGGUCCGUAUGCCAUACGGUUGUGGUGAACAGAAUAUGGUAAAUUUUGUGCCAAAUAUUUUGGUAUUAAAAUACUUGGAAGUUACCAAUCGCAAAAUGCCUGCCAUUCAAAAGAAGGCUAAGAAAUUCUUAGAAAUCGGCUAUCAGCGUGAAUUAUCAUAUAAGCACGAUGAUGGCUCUUAUAGUGCCUUUGGCAAAUCAGAUGCAGCCGGCAGUACUUGGCUAACAGCCUAUGUGAUGCGUUCCUUCCAUCAGGCAGGCAAAUAUACUGAUGUAGAUCCAAAAGUCAUAGUGGCUGGCCUCGAUUUUCUAGUGUCUAAGCAAAAGGAAAAUGGCGAAUUUCCCGAAUUGGGUAAAUUAUUUGAUAAUGCCAAUCAUAAUGCUUUGGGACUUUCAUCGUUUGUCUUGCUGGCCUUCUUUGAGAAUCAUGAACUCAUGGACAAAUAUAAGCAAGCCAUUGACAAGGGUGUUCAAUAUGUGGCCGAAGAGGUGGACAAAACUGAUAAUCAAUAUUCCUUAGCCAUUGCAUUGGUGGCCUUACAACUGGCCAAACAUCCCAAGUCUGAAAAGGUUAUUGCGAAAAUUGAAACUAUGGCCAAACAAGAGGAUGGUCGCAAAUGGUGGUCCAAGGCCAAGGAAGAUUCAACCUCCAAUGAUCGCCGUUCCUAUUGGCAUCCUCGUAGCAAUGAUGUGGAAAUCACCUCAUAUAUACUCUUGGGCCUGCUCGAGAAAUAUCCCGCCGAGGCUUCAUUGCCCAUAAUUAAAUGGCUGAUUUCCCAGCGGAAUAGUAAUGGCGGUUUCUCCUCCACCCAGGAUACUGUUAUUGGCUUGCAGGCUCUUACCAAGUUUGCCUACAAGACUGGCUCUGGUAGUGGCACCAUUGACAUCGAUUUUACACCGUCUAAUGGCACACAGGAUACGAUUAAAGUUAAUCCUGAAAACUCUCUAGUCUUGCAGACUCAUGUGCUACCAAAGUCAACGCGUAAAGUGGACUUUACAGCCAAGGGCAAGGGUUCCGCUAUGGUGCAACUUUCGUAUCGCUACAAUCUGGCCGAAAAGGAUAAGAAGCCUAGUUUCAAAGUCACUCCUAGUGUAAAGGAUACUCUCAAGAAGAAAUUGCUAGUCGAGGUAUGUGCUGAGUAUAUCCCACUUGAGGAUAGCGAUCAAAAGAAGGACUCAAACAUGGUAGUAAUUGAAAUAGCCCUGCCUUCUGGAUAUGUCAGUGAUUCUGAUAAAUUUGAUCAAAUUAAAGCUGUCGAUCGAGUGAAACGCAUUGAAACCAAGAACUCUGACUCUACAAUCAUAGCCUAUUUCGAUAGCCUCACGCCCGGAGAUGUUAAGUGCAUUCCCGUCGAGGCUAAUAAAGCUCAUGCAGUGGCUAAACAGAAGCCGGCAUCAGUUUCCAUAUAUGAUUACUACGAUACCGAACGUCGUGCAACCGAAUACUAUGAAGUGAAGAACUCUCUUUGCGACAUCUGUGAGGCAGAUGAUUGCGGAGCUGGUUGCAAGAAGCCUUAAAGGCAAACAGAUUUUAUUUUCAAAUAAAUCAUAUACAUAAAUAUGCGCACUUAAA